AAGCAUGGAUUCUCUAUGUGUUUUUAAGGGUUUGAGGAUAGGUGUUCUUUGGGGGUACAGGCAGAGGCGUUAGUUACAAAAAGCAUACGGCAAAGAUGUGGGAAGCUCUCGAGCCCUACCAGGGAAGGGGCUGUUGCUUCUGGAAGACACAUCCUCGGCACAGACGUUUGAUGCAAGGGUUGCAGAGCAGGAGCUGGCUCUGCCCCCACUGCUGCUGGCUGUGCUCCUGGGAAAGGGGUUCGUGGCUGCCCCUUGUGGGCCACAGAGUGCAGAGGAAGGGAAGGGGCCACCUCGGAAGGCAGAGCUCAGCCGCCAGAGGUUUAGAGGCGGCGGUUUGCUGUACACCUGUUACAUUUCUCAGAGAAGUUGCCUUGAGAAAGUGAAAAGUGCUCACCCUUCUCUCUACCAGUAAUCCGGGAGCCCUGUUUUGGAAGCCGUCUGUCCCGGGGGUCUUCCAUUCCCCAGGACACUGGGGAGGGCCGAGGCCCACCAUGCCCGGCCUGCUGCUGCUCACCGCUGCGCUGCUCUCCAGCUGGGCUCAGCUUCCGGCCGAAGCCAGCUCCUGGUGGUCGUUAGCUAUGAACCCGGUGCAGAGACCCGAGAUGUUUAUCAUCGGUGCCCAGCCUGUGUGCAGCCAGCUUCCUGGGCUCUCCCCUGGCCAGAGAAAGCUGUGCCAAUUGUACCAGGAGCACAUGGCCUACAUAGGGGAGGGAGCAAAGACGGGCAUCAAGGAGUGCCAGUACCAGUUCCGGCAGAGGCGAUGGAACUGCAGCACCGUGGACAACGCGUCUGUCUUUGGGAGAGUCAUGCAGAUAGGGAGCCGAGAGACUGCCUUCACCUACGCAGUGAGUGCCGCGGGGGUGGUGAACGCCAUCAGCCGGGCUUGCCGCGAGGGUGAGCUCUCCACAUGUGGCUGCAGCCGGACAGCACGGCCCAAGGAUCUUCCCCGGGACUGGCUGUGGGGUGGCUGUGGGGACAAUGUGGAGUACGGCUACCGCUUUGCUAAGGAGUUUGUGGAUGCCCGGGAGCGGGAGAAGAACUUUGCCAAGGGGUCUGAGGAGCAGGGCCGAGUGCUCAUGAACCUGCAGAACAACGAGGCGGGUCGAAGGGCUGUGUAUAAGAUGGCAGACAUAGCCUGCAAAUGCCACGGCGUCUCAGGGUCCUGCAGCCUCAAGACCUGCUGGCUCCAGCUGGCCGAGUUCCGCAAGGUGGGGGACCAGCUGAAGGAGAAGUACGACAGUGCGGCAGCCAUGCGCAUCACGCGCAAAGGCAAGCUGGAGCUGGUCAACAGCCGCUUCACCCAGCCCACCGCGGAGGACCUGGUCUAUGUGGACCCCAGCCCUGACUACUGCCUGCGCAACGAAACCACAGGCUCCCUGGGCACCCAGGGCCGCCUCUGCAACAAGACCUCGGAGGGCAUGGACGGCUGCGAGCUCAUGUGCUGUGGCCGCGGCUACGACCAGUUCAAGAGCGUCCAGGUGGAGCGCUGCCACUGCAAGUUCCACUGGUGCUGCUUUGUCAAGUGCAAGAAGUGCACCGAGAUUGUCGACCAGUAUGUCUGCAAAUAGCCAGGGCGGGGCCCGCGCUUCUGGCCCUCUUCUCCACUCUGCCUCACAAAGUUUAUAUUAUAUAAAUCUAUAUGAAUAUAUUUUAUAUUUGUAUAAAUAAAUGGAUGGAUGAUAAAUAAUUAAAAGAAGAAAAUGAAAAGGAAAAGCAGAAAAUGAAAAGGAAAAGCUUAUUUAAGAGACGCUGGAGAUCUUUGAGGAUUGGACUUUGCUGGCUCUCGACUCCCAGUGGG